UUUCCGGAAAUCUUUUUGUGGCCACCAUUUGGCCUUUCUCGCAGAUAAAAAAGGCUCGCAGAGACAAAGCAGAGAUAGAGGGUAGCACUGAAAGAGAUUCAGGAAAACGAGCAAAACUUUUAAAAUAACAGGAGUCGGAUAUGGCCAGAUUGGAUGUCACAGAGACCUUUCAUGGCAUUUCAUUUCCUGGACACCUGCACACACAGGAUUCCUUACAACAGGCUCUUGAAUUUCAGUUUCGGGACACGGACAUCCUCAUUGUGUCUUAUCCAAAGUCAGGCACCACAUGGAUGCAAGAAAUUGUGACUCUAGUAUCCAAUAAAGGGAACCCCCACAUAUCCCAGACUAUCCCAAACUGGACCCGAGCUCCCUGGUUGGAGCAGUACUAUUUUGCUGCCAUGCUGAAAGCCUCAUCCAACACACCCAGACUCUUCACCACACACCUGCCCCAUCACCUGCUGGGACCUGCCCUCCAGGGCUCAAAGGCCAGGGUCAUCUUUGUGAGCAGAAAUCCAAAAGAUGUUGCGGUGUCCUAUUAUCACUUCCACAAAUUGGCUAACUUCCUUCCUGAGACGGGUUCCUUUGAACAGUUUGUUAAUCAAUUCCUGGAUGGCACAUUGCAUUAUGGCUCUUGGUUUGACCAUAUCAAAGGCUGGACCAGUCAGGCUGCAGAUCUCAACCUGCUUCACAUAACUUAUGAAGAGAUGUCAAUGGACCUGAAAGGCGCCAUAAGGAAGGUAAGCUGUCUGCUGCAGUGUCCUCUGCUGGAGGAGGAGGUCAGCAGCUGCAUGAAACACUGCAGCUUCAACUGCAUGAAGGACAAUAGAAUGAUCAAUUACUCCCUCAUCCCCGAUGAGAUUCUGGAUCACAGCAAGGGCUGCUUCAUGAGAAAAGGUCAGAUUGGGGACUGGAAAAACAUGUUCACAAAGGAGCAGAAUCAACAUUUUGAAAGCGUGUAUAGGUCCAAGAUGCAGGGCUGCUCUUUGGAGUUUGUGUGGGAGAGGCAAGAAUCAGAGAACCAAAGCACCUGAGAAGGCUGACACAGGAAUGAAGUCAGAAAUGUUACAUCCUGUCAGAGAACGAUGGGAAUGAAGCAUUUUCUGUUGUUGUUUCCAGUCCUGCUAAUAUUCAGUAAACUCGGGACUGAAAUCUUUUAAACCAUUCUAGUUAACUGUAAUCACUGCAUGAUCUUUUCGCUGUAUAGUUUGUAACUGUCUUGUUUUCAUAGGCACUUCUCUCUAAAUGUCCCAAUAUCAUUUUCCACUUUGAUAAGCUCAAGGGGAAAGUCACGUUUCUUUAAUAAUAAUUACAAGCGAAGGAACUGGCAGUUAUGUCAACACUACAACAAUGAGCAGAAGGGGAAGGACGGGUUAAAGGUUUUCCAUAAAAAGCUUGACUUCCAGAGGGCUGAGCCGCCCUUGUGUGUCAUCACACACCCAAAGAAAAGUGUUGGUACCCCUGCAGUUUCCAUGCACUGGUGCUUCUAAUGUCUGUCUCUCAAGCAGUGUACAUAUACAGUGUGUUGUCUGAUAAUAAACUUUCAUAAUUGGUUUAAAGACGCAGCUCUGACGAAUUAAAUUAGCAUGGAUUCGCACAUGAUAUCUGAUUAAAUGGGAGUCCCCAAUGAUGACUUGAAAAAACAAA